UUCAAGAGACGUUACUCGAAUUUGUGACGCUCAUAGGCGGUUCUGCAUCUCUCGGGCUCUAGAUUCAGACUUACAUCGUUCUUACCACCGAUCCUCGCUAGACGACACGUCCACGGGAAUCUGCUCACCAUGGGUCUCGUAGACCAUGCCCUCGAGUAUCUUACUCUCAAAAUUAUCUUGGUAUUUGGCGCAAUAGCCUGGGGGUUAUGGGUAGCCGUCAAGCGCUUCGAUGAGACCAUGCGGCUGCGCCGUCUGGCGCCCGGCACUCGUGGCCAGUCCCUCAAUGCCCGUUUCCCCGGUGGCAUCGACUUCAUCUUCAAGGCCGUCCGCGGGACAAUGACACAUAAGAACGUCGAAUUCUGGAAGGACAUGCUAUCUAAAGUCAAGGGCUGGACUGGCGAGAAGAGGAUCCUGGGCCUGCGCAUCGUCUUCACCGCCGACCCGGAGAACAUCAAGGCCAUCCUCGCCACCCAGUUCUCCGACUACGGCAAGGGCGAGCCCUUCCACCAGGAGUGGAAGGAGUUCCUCGGCGACAGCAUCUUCACCACCGACGGCGACCAGUGGCAUGCCAGCCGGCAGCUCAUCCGGCCCCAGUUCAUCAAGGACCGCGUCAGUGACUUGCAUUGCUUCGAGUCGCAUAUCCAGACCUUGUUCAAGGCUAUUGCCAACGGUGGCGCCUUGGACGGAGAGGAUCAGGUUGUCAACAUGGAUGCUGUUGACGGCAAGGUCAUGGACGUCUCGGACCUCUUCUUCCGAUACACCUUGGACGUGGCCACCGACUUCCUCCUGGGCCAGGAUGUAAAGUCUCUUUCAACCGUCAAGCAGGAGUUCGCCGAAGCCUUCAACGAAGUCCAGCGCGUCCAAAACAUCCUCGCCCGCGCCGCCAAGCUGAAACCUUUCAUCCCCCUCUUCUCCUUCCGCGCCGGCCUCAACGUAAUGAACGACUUUGUCAACAAGUUCAUCGAGCGCGCCCUCCGCCUGAGCCCCGAGGAGCUCGCCUCCAAGACGAAAUCCGACCAAGGGUACACCUUCCUCCACGAGCUCGCCAGCUUCACCCGCGACCGCAAAGUCCUCCGCGACCAGCUCGUCGCCGUCCUCCUCGCAGGCCGCGACACCACCGCUGCCUCCCUCUCCUGGACCUUAUACGAGCUGGGCCGCCACCCCGAAGUCGUCCGCAAGCUCCGCGCCGAGAUCGUCGAGCAGGUAGGUCUCGAUCGGGAGCCCACGUACGCCGACCUCAAGAACAUGAAGUACCUCCAAAACGUCAUGAACGAGGUCCUCCGCCUCUACCCUGUCGUCCCCUUCAACGUCCGCCUCGCCCUCAAGGACACGACCCUCCCCGUCGGCGGCGGGCCCGACGGCACCUUACCCCUCGCCGUGUGCAAGGACACGCCGAUCGGGUACUCCACGCUCCUGAUGCAGCGCCGCGCGGACCUGUACCCGCCCGUGUCCGAGACGUUUGCGCACCCGGAGACCUUCUCGCCGGAGCGGUGGUAUCACUGGCAGCCCAAGCCGUGGACGUAUAUCCCGUUCAACGGCGGUCCCCGGAUCUGCAUCGGGCAACAGUUUGCGCUGACGGAGAUGAGUUAUACGCUGUGCCGGCUGUUCCAGAGGUUUGAGAGGGUGGAGAGUUAUAUGGAUGCCGUUGACGGCGGGAAGCCGACACUCAAGGCGGAAAUUGUGCUACAGCCUGGGGAUGGCGUAAAGGUUGCUUUUUGGAGGGCGAAGCAAGGUUAAGGUGGAGGUGGGAG